AUGGGAGUUCAAGACGUUGUUGCUCGCCUUAAUAAAUCAAAGUCAGCUACAACAGUAGCGACAACACCUAUUGUGCCUAAACGAAAAAUUACGAGUAAGGCAACAGCAGCAGUAGUAGAAACGAAGCAAUUCUUGCCGUCCCCUUCCCCAUCACCCACGAGCUUAAAUAAUAAAAGUAUUGCCAAUAUGUUACAAAAAUUUGGUCAACCACCUACGUAUCCCUCUCGACCGAUUACAACACCCACUUCCUCACCACCAGAAUCGCCUGUUAUUUCUUUAAAACGCCAUCCCACCCCAACCGUUAUCAGGAAGGUAGCACAACAAAAGAAUCAAUUUGAUAUCACGGCAUCUGAAAUUGAAGAUCUCUUCCAAUCCCUAUUGGAACAAAAUAAAGCAGCUGAAGAAUAUAUCGCCAAAUUACAAGUGGAUGUUGAAAAGUACUCUUCGGAUGCAACCAAAGUACGAGAUUACGAAAUCAGAGUGGAAUAUCUUGCAUUAAAACUAGAACAAGUAUCAGAGGAAAGAGACUUUUUUGAAAAGGAGUUAAAUGAAUUACAGUCCAAUAGUCCAAUGUCACCUACAUAUACAUAUCAGCAUGAUAUUGUAAUGGAGGAUGAAAAGAUACUGCAGAAUCAGAACAAUGAUGCCUACAUGGAAGACAUAUUAAACGUGUAUGAAGAAAUAUCUGAUCAUUCGAUGACGGGAGAUGAAAUGCAGUUAUUUGAUCAACAAAGUCAAAGUCAACAAGAGUGUGACAAGGGUAUUCAGAUGACCAUUGUCAAAUACGUGACUGAUUUAGAGACACAAAAACUAGAGACAAAGGCUUUAAAGCAAGUAGUGAAGAAGCAAGACGAAUUAAUAACAAAACUAGAGACAAAGAUUAGAAACGAAUCUUCGGAUGAAUUAUUAAAAGAACAAGUACAAGUGCAACGUAUUGAAUUAGAUAAUAAAAGAGAAUUAUUAUCACAAUUAUUAAAUGAACGAGAAGAUUUGUUACGCAGAGUAAACAGAAGACGAUCCUCUAUCGAUUUGAUCCAAAGCGACUUAAGGCCAUCUUCUUAUUCAUCCGUAUCUUCUUCAGGAAGAGGAACUCCACCACUGACUGCUCCACCAAGACAACCGUUGCCUCCUCUACCUUUGAAAUAG